AAUCCAAGAAGGAAAAAAAGUCAAAGUCCAAGAACGUCGAGGAGCAGGAAGAAGACAUCGAGACGAUCCUCGCCAACUUUAAGAAGGAGCAAGAGGAAAAGGUCAAGAUUAUCGAGGAAGUCUGGAGUGGUCCCCCAAGUCGACGUGCGAAUGCUACCCUGACCGCGAACCCACUCAACUCAAACGAGCUUAUCUUUUUCGGAGGAGAGUUUUACGAUGGUGCCAAAUGCGCCUUCUACAACGAUCUGUAUCGCUACAACAUUGAAAAGGACGAAUGGCGCAGGAUCACAUCCCCGAAUUCUCCAGGACCCAGGUCCUCUCACCAGGUCGCUAUCACAGCCGCAGGAACCCUGUUCCUCUUUGGAGGAGAGUUUGCCUCGCCUAACGAGACCCAGUUUUUUCAUUACAAGGAUUUCUGGUCGAUGGACAUGAAGACCAACGCAUGGGAGAAACUCGAGGUCAAACCCAAGCCGACCGCUCGUUCGGGCCAUCGCAUGGCCCUUUGGAAACACCUCCUCGUAGUCUUUGGUGGAUUCUAUGACAAUUACGUCGAUACCCGGUACUACGACGACCUCUGGGUCUUUGACACCCUCGAUUACAAAUGGACCAAAGUCGAGCUCCCCGACCAGAUGAUUCGUCCCUCCGCCCGCUCCGGGUUCUCCUUCAUCCCCUGUACCGAGGGCGUCAUCCUCUAUGGUGGUUAUUGUAAGGAGUACACCAAGGGACAACGACCCAAGGGAAUCGUCCACACCGAUACCUGGCUCCUCAAGAUGAAUGUCGAUCCGAAACUGAUCCGGUGGGAAAAGAAGAAGAAAUCCGGAUCCGCGCCCACGCCCCGCUCAGGGUGUGCGAUGGCCCCCUAUAAGAAUCGGGCCGUUUUGUUUGGAGGCGUUUAUGAUGACGAUGUGAACGAGGAGACCUUGGAGAGUACCUUCUAUAACGAGCUGUAUACCUAUCAGAUCGAUACCGGAAGAUGGUUCCCCAUGAACCUGAAGAGGCCCAAGACUGCAGGCAAGAAGAAGAAGUCGAGGAAGAAUAACAACAAGGCUGGCAGUGGCGGUGCCGGCGGUGCCGGUGAGGAUGGCGAGGAUGGAACCGGAAAGAGGGAGAAGAUGAAAUGGGAGGAAAGCACGGACGAUGAAUUUGACUAUGGCGAUUUCGAGGACAGCGAAAAUGAAGAGCAGGAGAAGGGUACCGUUACAGGAACUGCAGAGGGCUCCGUCGCAGGAACAGACGAGCAGCAGCAGCAGGAACCUGCAGCGGAAACGAGCAACGCGGAGCCACAACCUUCGACCAAGGAAGCCCUGGCGGCCGCGGCCUUGGCAGCAGCGGGUAUCCUGCCAAAGGCCUCCCAGACACCCGAGUCUGCUACAGCUGCUGCAGAACGAGAUACAGCGACCAAGAAAUCAAAAUCUGGACGAUCCACCGGCAGAGGCAACAGCAGCAACAACGAUGCUGACAAUAACGAGGCCGAGGAAGAGGAGGAGCCGCUGAUGCCCUGUCCGCGCUAUAACCCUAUGCUGGCGGUCCAGAAGAGUACGCUGUUCAUCUUUGGCGGCAUCUUGGAAGUCAAGGACCGCGAGUACACUCUAGACGACUUCUUUUCGCUGAACCUGGAUAAGAUGACCGAGUACAUUUGUUUGCGUGAGUCAGAAUUCGAGUCGCAACUCUGGCUCGGUGAGGAAUCGGACGAUGAUGAAGAAGGAGAGGACGAGGAGGGUGAUGAGGAUGACGAGGAUGAGGAUGACGAAGACGAGGACGACGAGGACGACGAGGAAGAAGAGGAGACUGAAGUAGUCGAGGAAGUCGUGGCCGAGUCCAGUAAGAAGGACAAGAAGUCCAAGAAGGAGAAGGAUGGCAAGGACAAGAAGGACAAAGCAGAGAAGGAGAGUAAGGAGGGCAAGGAGGGCAAGGAGGGCAAGGAGGGCAAGGAGGGCAAGGAGAAGAAAGAUAAGAAGGAGAAGAAAGAAAGGAAGGACAAGAAGGAGAAGAAGGACAAAGCAACGGCAGAAUCAACACCAAGUGCUGGUGCCAGUGAUCCCAGUACCGCUGCUACUGCUGACGCCGCUGCUGCUGGCGAUGGCACUAAGGUCGAAGGAACUGGCACCCCUGUGGAAGGAGGUGAUGCGGAUGAAGCACCCGUUGAGGUGGUGCCCUCACAGUUGAGUGGUGUCGAUCUCGCGGCCCGUUUGGCCAUGACCGAGGAAGAGGCUGCCUGCACACCAACCAUCGGAGAGACACUCAGGGAGUUCUAUGGACGUACAACCGAGUACUGGGUGCUGAAGGCAUUCGAGGACAGCACAAAGACGGGCAAGGCCCUCCGUCACGACGGCUUCUUGCUCGCAGAGGCCAAGUUCAACGAAUGGCAGCCUAUCCUCGCACAGAUGGCGCAGAUGCGUCUGGACGCAGGUCUAGACGAAGACGACGACAACGAUCAGGCAGCACGCAUGGGCGGACGUGGUGGGGUCCUCAAGAUGGGCGAAGUCUACAAUAAGCUAAUGUCCAGGCAUAGACGAUAGAGAUGUAGAAAAGCAUGAAGCUACUUAGUGUUGAAAAAUAGUAAAUCAAUCCA